CUCUCCUCUCCUGCUCCGACCUACCCAAAACCCACCCAAUACGGCUCCAAAAUCUCACCUACACUCCACCACCGCUGUGCCCUGGAGCCGCCGACGUGCCGUGGCUUACCUUCACCGGCGACGCCUCAAACCGCCCCCUCCCCUCCACCCACACCCCAAAACCUUCCCGCGCCGCCGCCAUCGCAGCUCCCCUCCUACCUCGUCGCGUCCCAGCUGCCUCCGCCCCGUCCGCUUCGAGCUACAAGCACGCCCUAUCCCAAACUUGCUGAAAUAAGAGCCUCCAACAUAGAUAGAAUUGUCGAGUUCAGGUGCCGUGUUUGACGUUAUUCAGCAUUUUGCACAAAUGAGGCUAAUUAUCGGGCAAGUUCAUCGGAACGUUCUUGCUUUGGCAUCAUCCCGGUCAUGCUUCGUCGUCGGCGACCACCUUCCAUCCAGAAUGCUGUCGCUGCCGCGUGCAGCUCGGUUUCAUCAGAGUGCUUGGAGGGGCAGCCAAGCUGUCGAGGAUAGCGGCAGCGCGCUGACCCUAGCUAACCUUGACGUCCAAAGCAAAGCUGACUAUGUGAAGAAAGAAAGGGUGCCACGAACCGGAGGUCCGAGGCCAAGCUCAAGAGACACCUCCUACAGUGUGAAACCAAAGAAGGUUUAUCCGCCUAAGACUGCCUUACCGAAGUUGCCGGUGGUGAAGAAGAAACUGAAGAUUGAUGAGGCUUUGUUCUCCGCGAGUUCAUUUGAAGAGCUCGGUUUGCCGCCGUUGCUCAUUGACCGGCUGAACAAGGAAGGCCUGACUUCUCCAACCGAGGUCCAGUCUGCUUCCAUUCCUGUCAUAGCACAAAGGCAUGACGUGGUCAUCCAAUCGUAUACUGGGUCGGGGAAAACCCUUGCGUACCUUCUCCCUAUCCUUUCUGAAAUAGGUCCCCUGAAGAGGGCUGGAGAGCAGGGCAAAUCUGACAAGAGAACAGGUAUAGAAGCAGUUGUUGUUGCUCCUUCAAGAGAAUUAGGAAUGCAGAUAGUGCGAGAGGUGGAAAAGAUCUUGGGUCCUGAUGACAAGAGGCUUGUGCAGCAGCUUGUUGGCGGUGCUAACCGUUCGAGGCAAGAAGAAGCAUUGAAGAAGAACAAGCCAAUUAUUGUUGUUGGAACACCUGGCCGUAUUUCAGAAAUUUCAGCAGCCGGCAAGCUACAGACACAUAACUGUCGGUUUCUUGUACUGGAUGAAGUCGACCAGCUUUUGUCAUUUAAUUACCGCGAGGAUAUGCAUAGAAUACUAGAGCAUGUUGGUAGGAGAUCUGGCACUUCAUCUUCUAGUGGCAUCCUUGGUCCACUUGCUAGGCGGUCUGAGCGUCAGACAAUCUUGGUAUCAGCAACAAUACCGUUUUCAGUUAUACGUGCAGCCAAGAGUUGGGGUCAUGACCCAGUUCUUGUUAGGGCUAAGAGUGCUGUCCCUCUCGACUCAAUUGCUGUUCCAAGGCCUAUGCUGUCCCAGGGUGAACCAGGCUCCGAUCCAGCAAUGUCCGUUAAUCAAGCUGCAGUUAACAGCUUGCCUCCGUCAUUGGAGCAUUACUACUGUACAUCGAAGGCUCAACACAAAGUUGACACCUUAAGGAGAUGCAUCCAUGCUCUGGAAGCACAGACGGUGAUUGCAUUUAUGAACAACACCAAGCCACUGAAGGAUGUUGUAUUUAAGUUGGAGGCCCGUGGGAUAAAAGCUAUCGAGCUACAUGGAGAUCUUGGGAAGCUUGCAAGGUCAACGGUCUUGAAAAAGUUCAAGGCAGGUGAAUUCAGAGUUCUAGUCACGAACGAGUUAUCCGCUAGAGGACUGGAUGUGCCAGAAUGCGACCUUGUGAUUAACCUGGAUCAGCCAACAGACUCUACACACUACGCCCACAGAGCUGGUCGGACUGGACGUCUUGGGCGGAAAGGGACUGUGGUUUCAAUAUGUGAAGAAAGCGAGGCAUUUAUUAUAAGAAAAAUGCGGAAGCAAUUGGGUGUGCCCAUCAAGCCAUGUGAUUUCACUGAAGGCCAGAUUAACGUUCAUAAGGAGGAGGAUGUGGAAUAAACUCUACACUGUGCCUGCUCAACUCUACUGUAUUACUUUAGUUUCUCCAAGCAGUGUUGCCUUUCAUGAGCAUUUAGUCUAGUUUAUUAAAGUAUUGCCAGUAACCAUUUUUGUUCAACAGAGAUUGGAUACAUUGGAAAAUACUAAGUCUUUUCUGGUAAUGUUUAGCAGUUUUUCUUAUGAAGGAUCAGUAUUCAGCUCUACUAUUUUGUUUUGUUGUGCCCCUCUUAUGGAGCCAUAUCGUGAUUUGUAAGGUGGCUACUGGAAUACUUUAAUACUACACUGGUGUUAUGUA